AUGUCAGAUCUUGCUGAAACAUUUCAAAAUGAUAUUUCACAAAUAUUCAAUGAACGUGGUCUACUUCGGACGGAAUUGAUAGCUAAAGAAAAAUUACUAACUGAAGCUAUAUUUCAAAAAAGUACACUUAGCCAAAGUUUAAAACAGCUUCGUAGUGAACGGGAUGAACUAUUUAUUAACAAUCAAAAAUUAAAACAAGAAAAACUUGCUGCUGAAGCAGAAAAAAGUGCAAGUACAAUACAUGUAACCAUACUUAAAGAAGAAAAAAAUUUAUUAGAAAAAAAAUUAUAUCAAACGACUCAGCAAUAUGAAGAAUCACGUUUACAAAUUGAUGAACUGCAUCGACAAAAUGUAUUACUUCAAAAUCAAAAGCAAAGUCAAUAUUCAAUACCUAUUCAACAGACAGAAGAUCAUCAUCGUCAUGAGCUUGAUGAAUGCAAAAGACGUAUUAUGGAACUUGAAAGAUCUCAUGAAGAUUUGAUAGAAAGACAUAAAACUGAGACACAGUUAUUAAAAAAUGAAUUAAACAAAAAAGAUGAAAAAGUCGAUAGUCUUCAAGAACUUCUUACUCGAUAUGAACAAAAACUUGAAGCCAAUGAUAAAAAUAAAAAAGAACUUGAACAAAGAAUCCAAGAUAUUUCACAAUCGUGCCGAUCUCAAAUACCAGAUAAAUCAACUCUUACUGAUGAUGAAUUACGUUUAAUUGAAACUGAUCCAAAUAGUGCAUCGAUUCUUGCUAUUUAUCGUUCAUCAAAAAGUUUAUUCGAUAUUCUUGUCGAUUAUGCACUUUUACAAAAACAAAACGAAACUUUAACAAAUCUAAAAGAAAAAAUUGAUUCUCAACGACGUUAUAAUGAAAACCUUCUUCAUCAAACUCAAUCGGAAUCGCAACAAUUCAAAGUUCAAAAUGAACGUUUACAGUUUCUAGCUGACAAUCGCCAACAUGACUAUGAACAAGCCAUACGUGAUAAACAAACAUUAUUUAAAGAAAAAAUUGAAUUAGAUAGACAAUUACAGCAAAAAAUUCGUGAUUAUGAUGAUUGUUUAGAUGAUCGGAAUAAUAUGCGAGCACAAAUAUUUCAUUUACUGGAAAAUGGUAAUGUCAAAGGUCAUUUACAUUCGUUAUCAUCAAUGAUGGACAAUGAAGUACUUGUACGUCAAGGUGUUGUGACAUUUAAUAGUGUUGAAGAACUUUAUGAACAGUAUAUGAAAACAUUAGCUGAUAUACGUGAAACAGAUAGAUUUAUAAAUGAAUUAGAAGAACAACAUACGAAAGAAAUGAAUGAAAUAACACAACGAGAGUGUGUAUUAAAAGAAAAUUUUGAACAACUUUGCGUAAAACUUGAUCAAACAAGAACAGAUUAUAAUAUACAAUCACUUGCUAAACAAGUUCUAGACCGAGAACAUUUUCACAAUCCAAAGACAGCUACUAUGCACACAAUUCAUAUGCAAACAGAUAUCAAUUUAAAUGAUUUUAAACACGUUGAAGAUAAUGUCAAAUAUUUGCAAAGAAUUUCCGAUGAUAAAGAUCUCGAACUUAAUAGAAUUAAUGAUCAUGUGAAAUUUCUUCAACAAAAAUUAGAUCAUGCUCAAAGACAAAAUUUCAAUGAUAAACAAAAGAUCGAUGAAUUCCAACAUAUUGUUGAUGAAAGUCUUCAACGUACAAAUUCUCUUCUUGGCAAUGUUCAAACCAAUGAACUGCUCUGUGAACAAUUAAGAGAACAAAAUCGAUCUAUUCAACAUGAAUAUGAUGAAUUGCUAUCCACCGUGUCGAAUCUCAAAACUGAGAUCGAUAAAGUUCAAAAUGAAAAACAACAAAUGAGUCAAUUACAAGAACAUGUUCUCGCUCGUAUGAAACAAGACAUCGAAUUAAAAACAAAUAGUGAAGAAGAAAAUCUUCUCAACAGUCGAUUACAGCAAUCCGUUGAAGAACUAAAUUCGAUUAUGAAAGAUUGUGUUAAACAAACUGAAUUAACCAAUGGAACCCCAGCACAUAUAACUAGUUUAACUAAACUCGAAAUUCUCUAUCGUCAAUUACAGAAACGUCAUCAAUACGAACUUGAACAACAUUUUGCUAUAACUGAAUCAUUGAGAAUCAAAGUAAAAGAUGCACAAAAUGAUUUACAAAAACUUCAACGUGAAUGCGAAGAAAUGAGUUCGAAAUUCCACGAUGAACAAAUUAAAUCAGCAGCUAAAGUUUCUGAAUUGGAAAGUAAAUUACGUAAUGCAGAUACAACAACAGUUUUAACACGUCUUCUACCAUCAGCGACACUUGAAAAUCGACUUAAAGAAGAAGAAGAACGUACACAACAAUUGAGAAGCUGGACAAAUAAAUUAACAGAAAAAAUUGAACAUAUUCAAAAACAAAUGGCUACAGAUAAAAAAGAAUAUGAAGAGAAAAUGGAUGAUAUGCGUAAAGAAUUAAGAGAUAGCCGAAACGAAUGUGAUGCUGUGGAAAAACGUCUCGACACUGCUCAUGACGAACAACAAAAAUCUUUAAGUGAAUUUAAAGAAAAGGAAGAAGCACUUGAAAUGGAAAUAUAUAAAUUAAAAACGGAAUUAGAUAGUUCACAAGUAACAAAUAUCUCAUUAAAAGAAACCAUAACGCUUAAAGAAAAUGAUAUUCGUCUUUUACACGAACGUAUUGUUAACCAUGAAGCAAAAAUGAUUCAUUUAGAAAAAGAUUAUUUUGAUGUGAAAGAACGAUACGCUCGACAAAAGAAAGAUCAUAACUUGCCAAUAAGUGAACCUCCAUCACCAUUGAUAAUUCAACAAGAUUUGAGUAUGGACGAUAGUUCAUUCGAUACUGGUGUUGAAUCUAAAACUCCAUCAAAACGUCUCCGGAUUGCUUCCAAUGAACGAACACCAAUCAAACCUCGUUUUGUUCGUUCACAAAGUGUUGAUUUUCAAUCGACAUUAAAUACUGGUGAUGAAAUGGCUGAAGAUAAUGAUGAUGCCAUGUCAACUUGUUCUGAACCGCCAUCAUCAAAAAAAAGAAAGCGUCGUGGAAAUGAUCUGUCGACAUCGAGACUACCAGCUGUUGACGAAGAAGGAGAUAAUGAUGCUGGAACAAGUUUUCAAGGAAAUUCUCCAAUGACUCCAACUUAUAAUCUACGUUCAAGAACGAGACGAAUGCCAAAACUUCAGCCCAAUCAAACAACAUAA